UCUUGACAACAGUUUCUUAACUUUUAAAACAAUUCUUGUGCGCCAUGAUUAGAAAGGAAAUUCAGAAAGAACUUGUAUGAUCAGCAGUGUGGACGUUUAAAGAAAUACAACUGGUAUUUGGACUGAACAAGAUUUUGAAGAAAGGAAAUUUUUUUUUAAGGUUACAGAAAUCAGGAUUUCGGAAAUAUGGACGCCUCCAAAAUUUUGCUUCUUGCAGUUGUUUUAACUGCAUGUGCAGUCGUCUUUCAAGUGAUCGGCUUAGCCUCACCAUACUGGAUUUUUGCUGAUUUACCAUCUAGUAAAAUUUAUUCUGGUCUCUGGAAGACUUGUCUUGACGUAGAAGGAGUUGAUUCCGCUUGCACAGAUCUAAAAAAUGCAACCGACUGGUUAGAAGCAGUCAGGGCUAUGAGUAUCCUAGGUUUUCUGGCUCUCCUGGUUUCUGCAGUAGCUACAGCUUUAAAACUUUUUAUCAUGAAUGAACAGAAACCAAUUCUUAUUGUUGCAAUUGUUACAGCUUUUGCCGGAGCUGCCUUCAUUUUGAUUUCAAUAGCCGUCUAUGCAGCCAAAAUGAGCGAAUUGAAUACUGGAGAUAUCUACAAGUUCCACUUUGCUUUUGCCUUUUGCAUCUUAGGAAUGUUGGCAGGGCUUGGAGGUGGCGUCCUGAUGUUGAUAGAGAUGAUGAAAGGAUGAAUUCCAAUGAUAAUUUUUUCCAUGAAAGGGACAUUUGUAAUUGUGCGAAAAACGUAAUAUUUGAAAUUGUAAAUAUCCGUAUUUGCAUUGUGUAUUUGUAACUUAAGAAAAUGCUUUUAAUGCCUUCAACGCAUAUAAAACAGAGUACAAAGA